AUGUCGACGCUCUCACCGGAGAAGCCCAAUACCCAUUCCGACUCCAUAGUCAUUGACGACGAUGUCGACAUGGCAUUCCACGACACGCCCUCUUCGCCAUUCGACCCGCACAUCACGAUUGAUGACCGGGAAAACGUUGCGCCAGGUUCGGCAUCUACACCUGUCAAGUCGCUGGUCGACUUGGACGCCAAUGUCCCCCAGUCGGCAUCCAAGGUCUCGCCAGACAAAAAAUCGGUGCUCCGAGAGCGCACAAGCCCAGUGCGGACAUCGCCGGUGAAAAACCUCAUGGAUGACUUUGAAGGAGUGGCGCGCAGAAGCAGCAUUGGGACACCCAGGAAAAGUCCUUCUCCCACAAAGGAAGUGACUGCAGAUACACCUGGGUCGGCAAAGAGCACUCUCACCCGCAAAAGCCGGUCGCCCUCGAAAUCGGUCCACGCCUCUACAGCCGAACCGCUCCCGCGCAAGAUGUCAUUGGCAGACCAGGUCCCCGAGAUAUCAGUCACACCAUCCAAACGGCCGGCUUCUUCGCCGCUCAAGGCGCGCGAGUUACGCGACAAUGAAGGCUUGACCGCCGCUAUGAACUUUAUGGAGACACAUAGGGAACACCACGAGAACCUUGACAGGUCAAGUUUCCAGGAUCACGAUUUCGACCUUGACACUGGUCUGGACGGCACAGACAUGCAUCCAGAUGGACCGGAUGCCACGUCGGAUAUUGACGACACCUGCUUUAGCACCUUUUCCGAGAUGCCAGGCAUAGAUAUGACCAAAUUUGCGUCUCUCAGGCAGAGUCCGUCCAGGGACGCAGCGCUGGAUGCCACGCCUCGCCCUCGCGCCCAAAUGACACCUUCCACAGUCCGUCGUACCGACGGCACACCUAGCCCUACACCACGCCGGACAUACAAGGAAAAUGACACUACCAAUCUACUUCUGGACUUUACCGCCCAGAUUGAGUCGUUUUCGACGUCCCGAGGCUCCUCUUCUGGUCGCGGGCAAACGUCGCCCAGCAAAUCUAGCAAGGAUUCAACUCUGCAGUCCUACUACCAAAAUCAACGCUCACCUGCCAAGGGAGGAGCAAAUGUGCCUUCUACACCAAGUCAAAGCCGUCAAAUGCUCAACCUUCUGGAUUUUGAGCUGCCUCCCCCACCAACACCCCGAUCCCUGCCUACCGUGACUAUCAGGGAACUGGAGUCUGUCAAGUCCCAAUUUCAAUCACAAAUUUCGUCACUCACUGCCAGCUUGUCUGGAAAGGAGGCCGAGAUUGAGGCGCUGUCUAGGGCUAUCGCGGAUGCUGAGCGCCGCGUUGGUGAAGCGCAGGAAACCGUGCGUGAGGAGCGUUCAGCUCGUGAGUACGCAGAGUCACAAAUGGUGGACUGGAAGUCAAAGGGCGAGGAGGUUCAGAGGCUGCUACAGGAUGUCCAGGCUGAAAUGGCUCGCAACGACGCUGAACGCGAAGAAAUGUAUGCCAGAUUGGCCGAAGCUGAGAAGCGUGCUGAAGAUGCCGAGAACCGAUCAUCGGAUCUCGAAACAAAGCUCAUCGAAGCUGAGAGCAAGAACGUCGAUAUGACGACUUUCAUCAGCAACGAUGAGGGAGGGGAGAAUAAGAAGAUCUACUCUGAACUCGAAUGCCAGGCUGCCAUUGCCGAAAAGGUCAACGAAGUUGCACGCGAUCUUCACACGGCUUACAAGGCCAAGCAUGAGAAGAAGAUUAAAGCGCUCAAGGACAACUAUCAGAGAAAGGCCGAUGAGCGGUGCAAGGAACUCAAACAGCAGAUUGUCAGCCUUGAGCGACAAGUGGAAGAGGCAGAGAAGAAGCGCGACACCAAGACCAAUACCGGGGAGCAAGAUGCAGGAGACAAUCAAGGAACGCCGCUCUCCAAGUCUACCCGGAACGCUGAAGAUGCGCAGAUGCUCGAAGCACAGAGGGCUGAGAUUGAGAACCUCAAGGCCAAACUUGCUGGUCUGCAGUCCGAGCUCCAGUCUCUACGCAAGUCACAUGAUGCUCUUGUGGAAGAUCUCGAGGCAGAGCGCAUAGAAAAGGGAGAGCUGGUAGCGGCGGCUGAGCAGAUGCUGUCCAUGUGCGGCGAGAAGAUGGAGGAAAUGCAACAAGAAGAUUUUCGUCGCUCACAGAUGAGCUCUACGCCACCUGCUGCACAGCAGGAGGAGCAACAGCCGCAGCAACAGCAACAAGCAGUGUCUCAUAAGCCAGCGCCUCCGCAGCAUCAGGCCAUGCGCAACACGGGAUUUCUUGCUGGUGCUCCUCCACGGCCAGGGUCUUCUCUCGGAGGUGGGCGUCCAGGAAGCGCCAUGGGCGAGCGUAUCGGAGCCAUGAACGAGCGCGGCGGCAGCACUAACAGUGGGGUCAGCAAGCCGUCUGGCCUCCGAGCACCGGGCGGUCUCAAGUUCCAAGGGACUCCUGGCCUGAACCGCAGCACAAGUGGCAGCAAGAGCCGCUUGAUGUCGAAUAUCGAGCGCAUGGGUGGCGGCAAGUCGCAGCAGGAGUAGAAUGCCUGGCGGCCUAUUGUACAUGGACUGGAUGGGUUUGGGUACGGGGGUGUUGGUCGGUUUUUGCGGGUCCGUCGGCUGGGCAUGGAUACAAAAACGGAUGGUUCUGGGACGGGGGCUUAGAUGCAGCAUACGAAAAUCAUGUGGGUUGCGUGAUGAUGGACGCGGAGUUGUUGUUGCUGGGACAUGUUGGCAUGUGUGUAUCUUUUCUAUUGGCGUUGAAGGAAGUGCAUUCAUUCGACGCUGUUGAAUAUGAAUCGGGACGUGCCUGAGUAGGGUAUCAGUGCUUCAUGUA